AUGGCUUCUGAGCCUCCGUCGUCUCCGCCAGGCGCCGGGGCCACCGUUGAGGAUACCCUUGGAUGGUACAAGGCGCAAUAUGAACAACUAGAGUCCGAACUCGCCGAAUUCAGAGAUUCCAGCAGAGAGCUAGAGCAAGAGUUGGAGAAGGAUAUCGAGCGAGCAGAGAAGCAGGAGCGUUAUCACCAAGAAAAAGCUGAAGCUUUGGGAUUUGAAGUGGAAGAGUGGAAGAGGAAAUACAGGGAAUCCAAGACCGAGGCUAGCGCAUCCCAGAAUGCGCUCGAGAAGGAAAUCACAACUCUUCGAGAUACAAACCGAACUUUGCAAUUGAAGCUGAGGGAUAUCGAGGUUGCCAACGAUGACUUUGAGCGACAGGCGCGCAACACCACGUCAUCCUUGGAGGACAUGGAAUCCAAGUACAACCAAGCGAUUGAGAGGGCGGUGCUGAUGGAAGAGGAGAUUAAGAUGGGUGAGCAGGAACGUGAACAUCUACGUAUCGAGUCGCAGCGUCUGCGUGAGGAGCUCGGCGACCUCAAGAUCGAAGCCGAGGUUCUCCAGGACAAGAUCAAGAAGCAGGAGUCCAGACAUUUGUCCACCAUCUCGACCGACCUCUCUGUUCUUGCCUCACCAACUUUCGACGGCCAUCCCGCCUCUCCCGGUUCUACCGCCAGCUCUCCCCUCAUCACAACACCUACGGAUUCCAAGUCACUAACUGAGGACGGUGAUACUCUUUCCGAACUCCCCGAUCCGCCUUCGCCUCCCAUGUCUGAUGUUUCUGCGCCUCUUCCCAAGGUGGCAGCCUCAAGACCUUCGGCCCACCGCAGGACUGUUAGUCGCUCGCGUCUGCCUUCGACCGAUGUCAGCACCACUCCCAGGCCCUUUUCCAAGCCUCCUACUGCGACAACCCGUGCGCCUGGCAGCCGUAUCUCGACUGGUGGCACCACCACAAUGCGCACUCCUGCCCAGCGAGCCGUUGGACCUCGCUCUGCUUCGAACAAGCUUCCCACCUCAAACUCGCUUACCCACAUCCGAACCCUCACAGCACAGAUGCAGCGACUCGAAGCUCGCGUGCACUCUGCACGAUCUAAGCUUCCUGGGCCGAGUCGCACGCCGCCUCGAGCUUCACCCAGGACCAACGUAUACAGCGCCACCAACAUGCCUGCAUCGAUUACGAUUCGAUCUCGCAAGCGCACUAGUGGUUCUGCUGCGUCUUCGGUAACAGGCGAUGAUCCUACACCCGCCAAUAUCCCAACAUCAACGCCGAGGGGUAGCCAUGUUCCCCGGCUUAGCACGUCCGGAGUCAGUCGCCUAUCGUUUGGAACAUUGCCGAACCGUGGAGGCCACGAUGAGAUUAGCAGGCCAAGCUCUCGUGCUAGUGUCACUUCGUACGCUCGACCACCCUCACGGGCCGCUGGCGAGGGAAUUCCACGACCAGUUUCACGGGCAUCACUUACAGGCGUACGAACACCUAUGGGCCGAUCUCGUUCCUCCAUGGGAUUUCAUGGCCAUUCAACCAGCAUUAGCCAGCUUGACCUAGAGGAAGAGGAUGAGGGUGAAUUCCGAACACCAAGCCGCCGAGGCACAUACUCAAGCCAAGGCGGUGAGAUAAGUGGCAUUCCCAUGCCAGCGUCCCGUCGACGAAGCGGCAGCCGGCGGAUCAGCGCCAGCACAAUGAGGUCCAGUGUCUCUGGACCUCCGAGAAAACAACUGAGCGAUCUGGGAGAGACAUACUAA